AUCUUCAGUGCCAAUGUAGCUAACUAAUCUGAUAAAAAACCCUACUUUGUAACCUGAUUUUCUUUAACUAAACGCGAAACGCAACUGCAGACAUUUCAAAGAAGCCUUAUUUUACCCGCUCGGAACAUUUGACAGGAUGUUGGCCACGGGAGCCGCUGUGACGUCCGCUCUGGCGCAGGUGGACCGUGAGAAGAUUUACCAGUGGAUAAAUGAGCUGUCAAGUCCCGAGACCAGAGAGAAUGCUUUACUGGAGCUCAGCAAGAAACGCGAGUCUGUGCCGGACCUCGCGCCUAUGCUCUGGCACUCCUGUGGCACCAUCGCUGCACUAUUACAGGAAAUUGUAAACAUCUACCCUUCCAUCAACCCUCCCACUCUGACGGCUCAUCAGUCCAACCGAGUCUGCAACGCUCUGGCUCUGCUUCAGUGUGUCGCUUCACAUCCAGAAACCAGGACAGCCUUCUUGGCCGCUCACAUCCCUCUCUUCCUCUACCCGUUCCUUCACACAGUCAGUAAAACAAGGCCAUUUGAAUACCUCAGACUCACCAGCUUAGGAGUCAUUGGUGCUCUUGUAAAAACAGAUGAACAGGAGGUGAUCAACUUCCUAUUAACCACCGAGAUUAUCCCACUGUGCCUUCGGAUCAUGGAGGCAGGCAGCGAGCUCUCAAAAACGGUUGCCACUUUUAUUCUUCAGAAAAUCCUUUUAGACGACACUGGGCUGGCCUACAUUUGUCAGACCUACGAACGUUUCUCUCACGUGGCCAUGAUUUUAGGUAAAAUGGUUCUUCAGCUCUCAAAAGAGCCGUCAGCCCGACUGCUCAAACAUGUUGUACGCUGCUACUUAAGACUUUCAGACAACUCCAGAGCCAGAGAAGCCUUACGACAGUGCCUCCCAGAUCAGCUCAAAGACACGACGUUCGCACAGGUUUUAAAGGACGACACCACCACAAAGCGCUGGCUGGCCCAGUUAGUGAAAAAUCUCCAGGAGGGACAGGUGACCGACCCACGAGGCAUCCCACUCACCCCUCAAUGAUCCUGGGGUCCACUUAGAUCAGAGAGGGGGGUAACAACCAUCGAUCAACCACCAAUAAGCACAAACCAGCCAAAAACCUGCCAAUAAACCAGAACAAGGAACAGUUGUGCAGUAUUCAAAUGGACUUUAUCUGUUAGUCAUUUGUUUGUAUUGAGCUAAUAUUGGUAUUGAUUUUAACUAAAGCUGUACUGUAAACUGCAGCAACUGCCAAUGGGAAAUAAACCGAUUAAAUGUGAAAACUAUUUUGAGCUUAUGUUUUUAUUUAACAACACAAUUUUAGCCAUGUUUACUGUCCAUGUGGUUCAGAAUUAUGAAAAAUGUGGACCGUUCCCAUAGCGAUUAACAAUUUAAAAUGAAAUAUGUUUUGAAAGGGGAAAAAAGUCACGUAUAACAGGAUUUAAGACAAAAAGUUAUGAUUAUUUAUGGGACUAAUAGUAAGAUAAAAAGUGCACAGUGUAACCUUUCUCAUGAAGGGUCAGCCACCUACUUGUUUCUGUGGAGAUGUUACUACUUGGCUUGGAAUAUUCCACAGUAUAGCUUUAAACCUGUCUCCAUGAAACAAGAAGUGUUUUGUUUUUUAGCAGUAUAUAUAUGCCUGUAAUUGAAUAAAUGCAAGAUGGAUAAGGUUAAUGCCUUACUAUGGAACAUUCUAGGCAAAACAAUUACGUUUACCUGUCCUACCCCUCCCUCAGAAUUAAUUAAAAAUAUUUUGUACAACAUA